AUUUUCUUGUCAUUGUUCAACCUCAAACUGGACCUCCUGACAUUGUACAACCUCAAACUGGACCUCCUGACAUUGUUCAACCUCAAACUGGACCUCCUGACAUUGUACAACCUCAAACUGGACCUCCUGACAUUGUUCAACCUCAAACUGGACCUCCUGACAUUGUACAACCUCAAACUGGACCUCCUGACAUUGUACAACCUCAAACUGGACCUCCUGACAUUGUACAACCUCAAACUGGACCUCCUGACAUUGUUCAACCUCAAACUGGACCUCCUGACAUUGUACAACCUCAAACUGGACCUCCUGACAUUGUACAACCUCAAACUGGACCUCCUGACAUUGUACAACCUCAAACUGGACCUCCUGACAUUGUACAACCUCAAACUGGACCUCCUGACAUUGUACAACCUCAAACUGGACCUCCUGACAUUGUACAACCUCAAACAUGA